CACAAUUAAUUCCAUUUCAUUCAAUCAUCUAUUCAUCCACCACCAACACACUCUCCUAUUAAUAUCUCUAAUUCCUUUCAUCUCCAUCACACUCCCAACAACAAACAAUUGCUCGCAUUUCCGAUCAUCUCACUUUCUCUCACUUCGAUUCCAGGGUUUGGAAUUGUGGUGGAAGAAGCAUGAAUCAAGCUAAAACUGAAACAAUGGUUAAUGGGUAUUCUUCAAAAGCUGUUGUUGUUGAUGAUCCCAAACUGCUUCAACAAAAAAAAGCUGCUAUUCGCCUCAUGGGUCCCUCGAAAUUUCAGGUAAUCGCAGAUUUUGAUAAUACGCUGACAAGGUUUUGGGUUGAUGGAUGUCGAGGUCAAUCCAGUCACGGGCUCCUACAACAAGAGAACCCAGUGUACAAUGCUAAGAGAGAUGAACUAUUUAACUACUAUCAUCCUAUAGAAUUUGACCCGCAACUUCCAAUCGAUGAAAAAACAAAGCUCAUGGAAGAGUGGUGGGGUAAGACCCAUGGUCUUCUUAUUGAAGGAGGUCUUACAUAUGAUGCGAUAAGAAACUCUGUAUCGAGUGCUCUAAUUGCUUUCAGAGAAGGUGUUGUUGAGCUUUUUGAGUAUUUAGAGGAGAGAGACAUUCCAGUUCUCAUAUUUUCAGCUGGUCUAGCAGAUAUUAUCGAGGAGGUUCUUCGUCAAAAACUUCAUAGAACUUUCAAAAACGUUAAGAUCGUAUCAAACCGGAUGAAAUUCGAUCAAAAUGGCAAUCUAGUAUCUUUUACAGGGAAGUUGAUUCAUAGCUUGAAUAAAAACGAGCAUGCUCUUGAUAUGGCUGCAUCUUUGCAUGAGGAGUUAGGUGAAACUGAUGAUCAAAUAAUCGAUAGCGCGUCUCUUAAAAAAAGAACUAACGUGCUACUUCUUGGUGAUCAUAUGGGAGAUCUAAGAAUGUCGGAUGGUUUGAAUUACGAAACUCGCAUUUCCGUUGGAUUUUUGAAUCACAACAUUGAAAACUCUCUUGAUAACUACCGCAAGGGCUAUGACAUUGUGUAUCUACAUGAUGCACCGAUGUCGGGGGUCGUGAAGCUCGUCUCAGAGCUGUUUCCUGCAAGUGAUUAAACUUUUGGUUAGCCGAAAUCAUGGUGUCGUUUUCUGGCCCUUUUCGUCUCGUAUGCAUCAAGUUUACUACGCUAGCAAUCCUUUGGGUCCCGUGAUGAUUGUCUUCAUUAACCGACUCGACUUAUUAUUUGGUUUUCUUUAGACAUGAUGCUUGUGACCCCUAUUAUGUAAGUGAAGGAAUGAGUAUCCUUCCAGUUAUUGCCAAUAAACAGUUUAGUAGUUCUAUGAAAUGCUUUAUUAAAAACAUAAUUUCCAAA